AUGUCAAACCUUAUCAGAAGUCGUAACGCGGUGACGACUGUAUCGAGUUUGCCUCCCCCAGCUACGACGUCAGCUGCCACUGCUCCAGCACAGGUGCACGCCAUGGCUGUUUGUCCCCGGGUCCCCCAUGCACCGGCGUCAUUAGAGUCGUCAGUGGCGCAGCCUGUUAGCGCUAGGCGGCGUCACCGCCCCCCCAGUAUGACCGACACCACUUCGACCUCCGCUGCUGGUGCGUCGGAGUCAGAAACAACCAAGGAGCACACCCGGGAACCUUGUCGCUAG